AGAAGCGCUUGUCUUGUUCCCGCGGCAGUGGAGAGGCUCUGGACCCGGUCGGGGUCUUGGUGUGCGAGUCUGUUAAUCCCGCGGCAGGGUCACAUGUCGGAGGACGGUCCAGGACCAGGACCAGGACCAGAACCAGAACCAGAACCAGGACGAGAAGAAUCAGCAGAGGCCCGGUCCACUGUCUGACUGAACUCUUAGGCGGAAGUAAAGUGGCGUUCUUUCAAAAUACAGACAUGAGCUCCUGUGUGCUGGAGGAGGAGAGCUUCCACCGCUGCUGUCAGCUCCUCCUGCAGCAGUCACAGCAGCUGGGAGACGGCUGGAGCUGGGAGCCGGUCCAGGGUUCACAGGAGGGCUACCUGAGGAAGACUGCUCUCAGGUCAGUCGCCAUUGACCCGAGGCCGGUUCGGGACCAGGCAGGAUCCAGUUCAGACUGUGGACAGGAAGAGGAACAGUCGGCUCCCGUCGCCUCAGCUGAUGCCGACACCAUCAGAUCUGACGCAGAGGACGAAGACGACGAAGACGAGGGAGUCUGUGCGGCGUGUGACGGCGGCAGCCAGGUGCUUCAGUACGAGUAUCACGUCCUGUUCUCCUGCAGCUACCGGACUCCGGUGCUCUACUUCAGAGCCUCCACUCUGGAGGGGAGGAGCCUGUCACUGGAGGAGGUGUGGGGCUCCGUUCAUCCAAACUUCAGGGUCCGGCUUCAGAGCAGUCCUCUCAGUACAGUCACUCAGCAGGAGCAUCCUCUGCUGGGUCAGCCUUUCUUCAUGCUCCACCCCUGCAGGACAGAGGAGUUCAUGAGGCCCGUGCUGCAGGCGGCUCAGGACCAGCACAGACCAGUGAACUACGUGUUGACGUGGCUCAGUGUAGUGGGUCCUGUGGUGGGUCUGGACGUCCCCCUGCAGUACUCCACCCAGCUCCAUCCUGCAGCCUCUGUCUGCAUGGACCCGGCUGAUGAUGGACCCGGCUGAUGAUGGACCCGGCUGGUGAUGGACCCGGCUGUCUGGGCAGUGGAUGAGGUUAAACUGCGUUAGUAACCACUGAAACAGUAAUAAAAAGCUCAGGUCGCUUCUGAUCUGGUGGCUGUUCCCAGACCUGCUGUCUCUGUAAUGAGCUGAACAUCAGGGACAGUAAGAACGGUUAGCAUGAUGCUAAAUGUUU